UUUCAGAUUCGACAAGCACAAACGGCAUCAUGUCGCUGACAAUACGCUUGUGUGCGCUUUUGCUGCUGGUGAGCGGUUUAUCAGCCGAGAUUCUCAAUAAGUCGUGGUGGAACAAUACUGUCUUCUAUCAAAUUUAUCCGAGAAGUUUGUAUGAUACCAAUGCCGAUGGCGUAGGCGAUCUGAAAGGAAUAACUUUAAAGUUGCCUUACAUUGCGGAAACUGGCGUCAACGCAAUCUGGCUGUCACCCAUAUAUCCAAGUCCUAUGGUCGAUUUCGGAUAUGAUAUAUCCAAUUUUACGGGUAUCGAUCCAGUUUUUGGCACAAUGGAAGAUUUCAAGGAUCUCUUGGUGAAAGCUAAGAAACUCGGUUUAAAAGUGGUUCUCGAUCUCGUACCUAAUCAUUCAUCUGACAAGCACCCAUGGUUCCAAAAGGGUCUUCAAGGCAAUGAGAAAUAUAAGAAUUAUUAUAUGUGGGCAGAUGGUAAAGAUAAAGACGAUAAAACGCCGCCUAAUAAUUGGAUCAGUGUGUUUAGUGGCUCAGCGUGGGAGUAUGUGGAUUCGCAAAAACAAUGGUAUUUUCAUCAAUUCGAUUAUAGACAGCCUGAUUUGAACUUCUCAAAUCCUGAUGUGAGAGACGAGAUGAAAAAUGUAUUGAAAUUCUGGUUGGAUUUGGGUAUAGACGGAUUCCGCAUCGAUUCCGCCCCGUUUAUUUAUGAAGACCCAGAAUUGAGAGAUGAGCCCAGAAGUUAUGCGGCUGGUCUCACACCGCGAGAUUACUCGUAUUUGGAUCAUAUUUACACUGUUGAUCAAAAACCUACUUACGAGCUAUUCGGAGAUUGGCGAAAAUACGUAGAUGACUAUGCUGACGAGCACAAUCAAGAUCAGAAGAUGAUGGUGAUGGAGGCGUAUACUAGUUUCCCGCAUACCAUGGAAUAUUAUAACUAUAAUGUGACGCCUUUCAAUUUUGCGUUUAUUAUAAAUGUGACUAUUAAUUCGUCCGCGGAAGUUUACAAAGAAAAAAUAGACGGUUGGACGAAUUCAAUGCCGAGUGGUAAAAUUGCCAAUUGGGUAUCUAUUGAACUGGAGAAUGCUUUACGAGAGAGAGAUCAGGCGCAAAUACUCAUCGCGAAUCUCACACGAGCCUUAGAUGAUUCACAACAGAGUCUUCAGAAAUUGAGAAUACAUAAAGACAGUUUAAAGGAGUUUACUCCUAUGGAGAAAACAAACGUUCAACAAGAACCAGCACAAAUUCUUACAGCUAUCGAAGAACCGAUUAGUCAACAAGAAUCCGUACAAUCUGCACAAUCUCCUAUUGAAAAAGAAGUACAACAAGACACUCAGUUAGAUAUUGGUUUAGGCUGGGAUUAUAGCUCGGAUUAUUAUUCGGUUCCUAUAAACAAUAUACAUUUACGUAAGAAAGCCGCUGUCGUGUACACGUCUCUAGAGAUUCCCUAA